AUUUCCUUCACGCACAAGAGCGGAGCCGGCGGAUAUGGACUGGACACUAGUACCACCUGAUCAUACGGAAGAUGCCCCUACAUAACCGAGACUAUAAGCCUAGGAGAGAUGAUGAAGGCGCGAAAGUCGUGCUGGACCUGCAAGAACCGCAAGAUAGGGUGCGACAAGACCCUGCCUGCAUGCAAUAAUUGUGUGCGGACGCAUCGUAUAUGCGGUGGCUUUGGUAUAAAAUUAAGCUGGCCAGAGAAAUACGACGGUCGUCGAAAGCCUUUGCUCGCAACAGUUGGUGGACGAAGUGCUCAGCGCAAUGAUGAAGUUUGCCCUAGCAUUGCCCUGGACUUCCUGAAUACGACAUUUGAAGAUAUCGAAUGGUCAAAUCACCACGUCUUGCCGGAGUCUUCGGCACACAUGCGUCUGCUUCGCCUCAACACCAGGACUUUGCCAUGUUAUUUACUGCCAGGUUUCACCCACGACCAUGGCAAUCUUCUCUCCUACUACGAAGCUAAACUUGCACGUAUCAUCACCACGGUUGACGAUGCUCAAAAUGGAUUUCGAAACGAGCUCUUGCCUAUCGCUCUCUCCCACCAGAGCAAGGCUUCACAAAGUCUUAUGGAAAGCAUAUUGGCACUUUGCGCUUUCCAUGUCAGCGGGCCGAGUCAAGCAUUGCAACACAAAGCUCGGGCAUUGCGACUCCUAAAUGGGUCGCUACAAACGGAUAGUCCUGACGAUCUGAGCGCGAAACUCGCUACUUGCAUGCUACUCUGCGUAUAUGGAGUCUUUGAUAACACUGAUGGCAACUGGAUGGUUCACCUCAAAGGCGCGAAGACCCUCAUGCAGAGUCAUUCGGAGGCUGUCCAUGACAUUGACAAUAGGCAAGGAAUAUCGUCGUUCCUUCGAAGCUGGAUUUUGUAUCAUGACGUCCUGGCGCAAUUCUCGCAGACGUUGCCAGGCUCUGAAAGUGAAGCACCGGUCACACUGCCGGCAUCUUCGGAGGAGAAGACAAUUAUUGUAGGCUCUUUAGGCUGCUCUGAAGAACUGAUGGAAUUGGUUGCUUGUACCAACCAGCUACGUGACCAGAUGGUUCGUGAUCAGAAUAUUGUCGAUGAAGUACAGCAUCGUCUUGAGAACUUGUCCCAGACCAUUGUUAUCCAGCCCGAACAGGACGCCCCUUCGUCAUCUGCCAGAAUUGACGAAGUGCACAUUCAAGACACUGCAGAAUUUUACCAUCUGGCAGCACUCAUCUACUUUCGUCGGCAAAUUCUGCGCAUUCCACCGCAGUCUCGAUCGAUACAGUCACUGGUCGAAUCUGCUCUUGGCCUUAUCGCCAAGAUGGAGAUAUGCACGAGCCCAUGGCCUAUGUUCGUCGUAGCGUGCGAAGUACGCACUGAUGAACAACGACUACAAAUCCUCCAGACUCUGAAGAAGAUGGAAGUCCACCGGCGGAUAGGAAACAUAGGAGUGACAAGGGUCAUUGUCGAAGCUCUUUGGAAGCAGCAUGAUCUCGCGCCAGAUGACGCCGCAAAGGCGAGCACGAACUGGAGAGCAAUCGUCAACAUGGACGAUAUGGCUCCAUCUUUUAUCUGAGCCUGAAAACGAAACGCCUGGUCUUUUUGGGGGUAACUUGCCUCUCAGCGAGUGUCUCAAUGCCGAGCCUGACGGAUUGCGCUCGUGCAAGCUUCUUUUUGAAAUGGUCGAGUCCUCUAUCCUGCCUUUCAGAGGACAGACUUGCUGUGUCCUAUUGAUCAGCGUUAACUGUUCGGCCAGGCGAAUGGGCACAUUUCUUCAUGCGAAGAUGGUGUCCGCAUGAAGACUAUCCGCCUGAUGGUUUGAAUAAGAUCACUGGGACGAAAGGGUCGCUCGAAGGCUGAUUCCAUUGUGCUUCGCGACUCCUAAUGAAGCAAAAUGGGGGAAUCGGGCGGCUAUAGUCACCAGAGACAGUUGAGGGGAUUCAUUCAAUGAAGUUCUUGCCCUGCGGUGGGCCUCGGUGCAAAGUCUAAUGUCGCUCCGAGCAUUUGUGUCAAACUCUGAGGAUGGUAGGGAGAUCAUCAAAUUCGCCCUCAGGACUGAGCCUUGACAACUCGGAAUUCAAAUGCUGGCGGGCUAGAGGAUCGAUGCUGGACUUUGGUUUGCAGGCACAACGAGAAAUAUAGCAGCAUUGGCCAAUGACUGGUGCACAACCAGUGGUCCGAGACUCUAUGCUGGUAGACAGCAGGAUGAUCAGGGUGGUGAGGAAGGUCGUUGGAAUUGUGGAAGUCUGCUCGAUGGUAGAUUUCAGUCCAUUUAUUCCUCGCCAAUUGCUGGCUGAUAUGGUGGUAUGGCGUCUUGCAUUCGCAAGUUAUAGGCAUCUGGGGAGUGGAGGGGCGUCAAUCAGGCUGUGUCUCCUUUGGUGGAGCGGAUGGGUGGCGGACGGAACAUCACAGUACACAUUCAAAAAGCUCACCACCGCCCGUCGAACUCCGAGUACCUUUAGGCAAGAUCCAGGUCCAGGAUGAUCUGGGUCUUGAAGAUGUUAAAG